AUGAACUCGAAAAAUUUGCAAAGCAAGAAGGAUUUUGGUCAAGCACCACCACACAUGCAAAUGCCGGGGUUGGAAGUUCUCUUCGGAAUCUGCGCGGAGAAGCUCGCCGCUCUGAUCCACGACAAAGCGGCGGCGAUUCUCGGGGUGAAGGAAGAGCUGGGGAAGCUGCAGAGGAGGAUGGACCGGAUCGACUGCGCACUGAAGGACGCAGGAUGGCGAAGGACCGAUAAAGAAGCCGCCACCACCACCAGCUGUUGGUUGAGCGAGCUGAAAAGCAUCCUGCAUGAAGCGGGCGACGUGUUUGAUGACUGCAGGUCCGAGGGCGGCAAGCUGCUCGACAACGAGCUGCCGUCCGCAUCGUCAGGUCUGUCGAUUCUCCGCUGCAUCCCUUUGAUCUCUAACUUCAACUCAGUUCCAUUUCGUAACAAGCUAGCGGAUAGAAUCAGAAAGCUCAACAAUAGAAUCGACGAGGUCGCGAAGGACGCAUGGAUCUUAAAUCUUGAGCCUGUAAGGUCGGAGGGUCGAGCGGCGAGCACGUUGUACACGCGCGAGACUUGUGAGAUCGUGGAGGCCGACGUUGUCGGGAGAGAGAUCGAAGAUGCUACCGACAGACUGGCGGACGUGAUAGCCACGAAUGAUCGACGGAAUUUUCAAGUGACUGCUGUAACAGGUAUGGGGGGCAUCGGCAAGACCACGCUCGCUCAGAAGGUGUACAACAAUCCUAGAAUCCGGGAGAACUUCCGGGUGAGAAUUUGGAUUUGCAUCUCCCAAAAAUAUUCAGCUGUUCAAUUGCUACAGGAGAUCACUCGAAAAGCAGGAGGUAGUCACGGAAGUGCCGAACGGGUUUCGGAACUGCUCCCUAUUCUCAGCUGGACUCUUGCAGGGAGGAGCAUCUUUCUUGUGCUGGAUGAUGUAUGGCAAUCGGACGUAUGGACUGAUUUACUUCGAAAUCCGCUGCAAAAUGGAGCAGCUAGCGGAUGUAUUCUGGUAACCACGAGAGACCAAAACGUUGCGAUGAGAAUGGGCGCGAAACACAUUCACCAGGUGGAGAAAAUGACUGUUGAUUCAGGCUGGGAGUUGCUUUGCAAGAAAACCUAUCUAGAAGAAGAUGCACAAAGUUUGAGAAGCGUAGGCGUUCAGAUUGUUAAUAAAUGCGGCGGCCUUCCGCUUGCAAUCAAAGUGAUUGCCGGUGUCUUAACUAGCAAGGAGAAAAGCAGAAAAGAGUGGGAGAGAGUUCUCAAAGGCAAUGCUUGGUCUAUGAGUGAGCUCCCCGAGGAAUUCAGAGGUGCUCUCUACUUGAGUUACGACGAUUUGCCGCCUCAUCUGAAGCAAUGCUUUCUUUCGUUAUGCCUUUACCCUGAGGAUGAUGUACACUCCAUUAGGGAUCUUCGCAGAAUGUGGGUGGCAGAAGGGUUCGUCAAUCAAGAAGAAGGUUCAAUAAUGGAAGAGUUAGCCGAGCAGUACUACUUCGAGCUAAUACGUAGGAGUCUACUACAACCUCAUCCUCUCUAUGUGGAUCAGGGCAGGUGCAGAAUACACGAUCUCCUGCGAUCUCUCGGUCAAUAUUUGUCACGAGGUGAAAGCUACUAUGGAGAUUCACAGUCCUUGGAUGCUACUGCAAUCUCAAAGCUUCGCCGCUUGUCAAUUGCUGAGAGCGAAGAGAUUGUUACAAUCCCUGGUUCAGAAACUGAGCGGUUACGCUUGAGGACAUUACUACUAACUAAAAGUCCACCUAGAAUUGAGCACAAUCUUUUCUCUAGAGUUCCGUACCUCCAAGUUUUGAUUCUUAAUGGAAAAGGGAUAGAAUGCGUUCCUAAUAGUGUGGCAAAUCUAAUACACCUCCGAUUGUUAGACCUUGAUCGGACUAGUAUAUCCAUGCUGCCGUGCUCUAUCGGCUCCCUAACAAAUUUGCAGACUCUAAACCUACAACAUUGCGAAUUUCUGAACACACUUCCAAGGAGCAUCACUCACUUGUGCAGUCUUAGACGGCUUGGCCUUCUUGGUACCCCUUUAAGGCGUGUCCCCGAAGGAAUAGGGAGACUGCAACUGCUCAAUGACCUCGAAGGAUUCAUUAUUAACGCGGGCGAUAGUUGCAAUACCGAACGAAAUAGUUGGGACUUGGAAGAAUUAGAAUCACUUGGCCAACUAAGGUGGCUCCAAUUAUCUAUUUUGGGGGGGAAACGGAACGCAAAUUCCGUGCAAUCCACUGAUGGCAUAAUAGAUCAAUCGCUGACAGUAACUCAUCCAAGGAAUAGGGCUUUUGUACUUGAAGAUAAAGCCUUCCUAAAAGAACUAGAUAUAUCCUGUAGACCACAGACGGAGAGGGAAAAAGUGUCGCCAUACACAGAGGUGGAGAUCAGUAAGAUUGAAGAUAUCUUUGAGAAAUUGCAACCCCCACCUUGUUUAGAAGAAUUACGGAUCCAAAAUUUUUACGGUUUGCAACUAUGCUCACAACUUCCACCUCUAGGCCAAUUGCCGCAUUUGAGGUAUCUCCAAAUCAGAGAGGCUUUGGCCAUUGUAACUAUUGGUCCAGAAUUACUCGGUAAUGGGGUUGGCGACGGGGUGCACGCAGCAACAGUGUUUCCUAAGCUUGAAUUUCUUAUCUUGGUAAACAUGCCUAAUUGGGAAGAAUGGUCAUUGGUUGGCAGUGAAACAGGAAACUCAUCAUCUCGCUCGCUUCGAGUUAUGCCUCGUCUGGAGGUAUUGCGUGUAAGAGAUUGCCCAAAACUCAGAGCGCUUCCAAAUGGUUUGCAGCAACUCAGAGCACUCCGGAUUUUCAAUGUUGCACGAGCUCAUAGCCUAAGUGUAAUUGAGGACUUCCUAUUCAUAACUGAGCUUAAAAUUGAAAUGAAUAAUGGCAUAGAAAGGGUCUCAAAUCUUCCUGGACUAAAGAAGCUCACCAUUUGGGACACUCCGGCUCUGAAGUGCGUCAAUAAUUUGGUUGCACUACAAUGCCUGGAGUUGCAAGAUUAUUCUAGAGAGUCCAUCCCAGAAUGGUUGUUGAGACUGGUCCAGCAGCGACUGCAUCUCCGCGACAACAACCUCCAACUUGUGAUGCGCUGCAGUGCUGCCGUAAUUCAGAGAUGCCUCAAGGGAGGUCCGGACUGGCCUAUCAUCAAGUGCUUUUCUCGUGUUAGCGCCUACACCGAAGAUAGAUCAAUAUAUCUUGAAUAUACCAAGCAAACUGGGUGCUAUCGAACUAAUCAAUGAAGGUAACAUCGGUUAAAACUUUCCUACUUCUCUUCUCAUUUUCCUUUUUUUUACUUUUUCCUUGUCGAUUAGUGGUCAUGUACUUCAAACUUUUACGUAUGGCAUCAUCUCAAAUCUAAAACUUAACUGCAUGCAUUAUCGAUGCUAGUUCAUGAUAUUCCGUAGUUUUCUCUCCACUUGGAGGAGCUUGCGAAAA